AUGUCGUUCUUCGAUUUGAAAGGCCGCACCAACGCCGGCGAGGCCGUGGACUUUGCCACCCACAAGGGCAAAUGCGUGCUGGCAGUCAACGUGGCGCGGUUGUGAGACGUGACGAGCCCGCGGACUCGCAUUCGACCGCGGGCUCCGACCACGACGCGCCGCGCUCCGGUCCGCCCCAAAAGUAAGCACGAAGACACGCUCGAACGCACGAGGACGCGAGCCUCGGAGUCCCGCGCGCGAUCGUGCCCGGACCCCGCUGUUACGAGC